AUGUUAAUUACUCGACUAAUCCGGGCCUUCAAAUCGAAGAAGGAAGAUGAGCAGCAGCACAAACCGAAAGCCCAAUGUAUACACGAGAGGGAUGCCGAGCAAGACGAACUUCUUGCCCAGCCCGUAGAGGAUACCUCCCGAACUAAGAAUUGCCCCCUAUGUAAGGCUGAAAGACGGGAGGCUUCCAAAUAUCGAUGGAAACUUACAUUAUGUCUACUCCUGCCCUACGCACUCCAAGCUCUCGACGUAACUAUCGUCGCAAGUGCUUUACCAUGGAUCGCUGCCGAUUUCCAUGAAAUCGCCCAGCUGAAUUGGAUCAUCUCGGCCUUCAACUUAACUUCCGCUGCGUUCAUCCCCUUCUGGGCCCAGAUGGCCGACAUAUUCGGACGGCACUGGUCUCUGCAGAUAUGCUCUUUUAUCAUGCUAGUCGGCAGCGCUCUAUGCACUGGUGCCCCGACGACUGCCUUUGGUUCUUUCCUCCUGGGCCGAGCUUUACAAGGCGUUGCUUGUGCAGGAUUGAACACGAUCAUCCGUGCCAUAUUGGCAGAUAAGGUGUCGCUAGCAGAUAACGCGAAGAACUGGAGUCUAUUCUCUUUGGCAGGGGGCUUGUGUUAUGGUCUCGGCCCUGUUAUCGGCGGCUACCUUACUGCGGCUAACUGGAGGUGGUGCUUUGGGAUUAAUUUACCCAUAGCUUUCGUCGGCAUCUUGGUCAUAUUCUUCUUCCUACGCAACGACCUUCUAGGGCCUCAGCCGAUUCCCGGACUAGACGAGAAUGAGACGGGACGUCGCGAACGAUUCACUAGACGCAUCAUGACCCUCGAUAUUGGUGGCCAGCUCCUAUUCCUGUUUGGAUUCGGUCUCAUCAUUUUAGCCUUGACGUGGGGCGGUGCGACUUACGACUGGAAUCACCCUGCGGUACUCGUUCCCCUUAUCGUCGGUACUUUGAUAGCGUGUUGCUGGCUCUACUACGAAUACUCGAUGGCUCCGGGGGGUGCGUUGUCAUCCAAGUUAUCUGUCCAGCGACCGAUGCUGCCCUGGAAUAUGGUGAAGAAUCGAAACAUCAGUCUCUUAUGCUAUAUCAACUUUGCUACUGGAAUGGCUAUGUACAGUGUCCUUUAUUUUGUCGAUAUCUAUUUCACAAUUGUUAAGGGAUUCCUCGCGGAUAAAGCUGGUGUUCAGCUAUUGUAUUAUACGCCAGGACUUGGAGUUGGUGUAUACUUAUCUACGUUCUUCUGUAACAUCUGGCCUCGCCAAACAUUCCCACCUCUGUUCCUCGGCUCUCUGGUAGAAGCCAUUGGUGUCGGGAUGCUGGCGUGGGCGUUAUAUUUUGAGCAUACGCCAACUAUAUACGGCAUGAUGGCACUUACAGGUGUAGGCACUGGUCUUCGGUUUAUGCCUUGUAGUCUUCACGCCAUCGGUUUCUUCCCGAACCAUGUUGCAACGGUGAUUUCCGUAAUGUCGGUUGCCACGACAUUUGGGGGUACUUUAGCUCUUACUAUCAUGUCUGCUGUUUUUAACAAUACUUCGGGUAUUUCGAAAGAUUCCCCUCUCCAAAGCAACUACGAUGCUCUGCAUAAGCUUCCGGACGGAGAAAAAGCCCAUAUUAUCGAGGGUGCUAAGAACGGAAUUACCUGGGCAUUCGUCGCAUUAACACCUUUUAUGGUUCUUUGCGUGCUCGUAGCAUCGUGUUUAGGUAACGUAACUAUCACCAAGAAGACUGGCGGCGCUGAGGGUGCCAAGGCCGAAGCCUCGGGAAAUCAUCUGGUGCAUGGAAGUUACCUACUCUCUCUAAUAUAUGGGAGGAAUGACCCGGAGAAAAGCAUUGAGCUUGAAAAUAGGGGGUCGGACCAGCAGCCCAUCGUAAAACAGACGAGCCAUGAUUGA